UCUCAAUGACAGUUCCAGGUCGAAUCAGUGACUAUCAGAGUGCGUUUUCGGUAUUCGACUAUUCAAAAGUGUACCAAAAAUCCGAACUUUUUUUAGACUAUAUGGCCUAGUCUUAGUGUAGGCACCAGUGCUGGCAAUCACACUGUUACAAAUAGUUGAGCUCUUGGCAAUCGUCAGUCAGCAGUGAAGUGUUGACUGCACUGUAUGUGCAGAUAAAAGUUUUUCUUCGUAAAUUUUCUCAAAUCACAGUCAUGGGAGGUUUUGCUUGGGUGACUUUAGCCACGAACGAUUCGUACUCUUUGGGGGCCCUAGUUUUGGCCCAUUCCCUCAAACAAGUAGGGACCAAACACCGAUUGGCCGUGCUUGUCACUCCUGGAGUCACCAAUUCGAUGAGAGCAAAACUCGCAACUGUUUUUGAUCUCGUCCAGGAGGUUAAUAUUUUGGAUUCGAAAGAUGAAUCGAAUCUAAGGUUGUUGAAAAGGCCUGAAUUGGGGGUUACAUUUACGAAAUUGCACUGCUGGCGCCUUACACAGUUCGACAAAUGUGUAUUUUUGGAUGCAGACACGUUGGUAUUACAAAAUUGUGAUGAAUUGUUUGAGCGAGAGGAAUUAUCAGCAGCGCCUGAUGUUGGCUGGCCUGAUUGCUUCAAUUCGGGGGUUUUCGUUUACCGGCCUUCGAACGAAACUUAUGAUAAGUUGGUACAAUUUGCUGUAGAAAAGGGCAGUUUUGAUGGAGGGGACCAGGGAUUGCUUAAUUUGUAUUUUUCUGAUUGGGCCACCAAAGAUAUUAGUAAACAUUUGCCAUUCAUUUACAAUCUUUGCUCCACAGCGUGUUACUCAUAUUUGCCAGCUUUCAAACAAUUUGGAGCUGAUGCGAAAAUAAUUCAUUUUAUUGGCUCAUCAAAGCCUUGGUUGCAAUAUUUCAACACGGAAACAAGAAAAGUACAACCGACUCCUGAUGUGAAACACUUGGAAGCCAUUUUGCAACAAUGGUGGAAUAUUUUCUGCCUUCUGAUCCACCCUGCGUUAACUCCAGACAUGGCUCGAAGCAGUUCAGAUGUUACGCACACUAAGUCCUUUCGCACUUCCCCCCAACCUAAAAAUAUUCCCGUUUGGGAUCCUUGGGAGGAGUACGACCUAAAACAAUCAUUUCCCGUCACUCAAACCGAGCCUAAUCCCAAUCAGGAAAAAUCCCAAAUCCCGGAAAUAUUUGAGCCACAAAUAAAGCCUGUUGAAUCUCACAAUACAAAUGCAGAUACCGCCAGUCAUGAAAGUAGUUCCUAUUUAAAUCCCGAAUCGAAAUCCCAAAAUUUUGAACCCUCGAAUUCAUCUUGUGAUAAUCCUCAAUUUGAAGACUGCCAUCCCACUCCAAUAGAGACUGAUAAUUACGUUCCUAAGCUUUUACACGUUGAACCUAAACCUACUGAUGAUGUUCCUAAGCUUUUACACGUUGAACCUAAACCUGCUGAUGAUGUUCCUAAGCUUUUACACGUUGAACCUAAACCUGCUAAUGAUGUUCCUAAGCGUUUGCACAUUGAACCUGAACCUAAUAAACCUAGUCCUCCCGUGCCAUCAAAUGACUGUGAAGCUGCCGCUGUUUGUGAAAAGACAUUGCAUACACCCCCUUGUCAGGAUAAGACUGAUACUGGAUUAGCUGGUGCCUUUGCCCAGCUCACUUUAGGUGCGCCCAGGACUGCGGAACAAAGUGCCCUUGAUGACCAUUUGAGACGACAAGGCUGGGAAGUUGGGAAUAUCGAUUAUAUGGGAAGAGACUCGUUUGAUAAUAUUUGGAACAAGAUUUGUCAAACUCUCUCAGCGGGAUUACCGGAAGACGCUCCGAAAACUACAGACGCGAAACCUCCAGCGACUGAUGCAAAACCGGUUGAGGAAAAAGUACCCGAAGCACCAGCAGCACCUCCUCAAGAAGCUAAACUUGAAACACCCAAACCACAAGAAACUCAACUUUCCACAGAAUGUCCCCAAUGUCCAAUUACACAAAAACCUAAAGAAGAAACUCCACAAUGUCCAUUACCACCGAAAGUACAAGAAGUAGCCGAAAAACCGAAAGAAAGUGACAAACCUGAAAUUCCCCAAACUCCCGCUACUCCCACUAAAGAAGUUCCUGUAGCCCCACAACCUCCAAUUGGUACUGCAGCUCCCUCAGCACAGCAACCAAUUGGAACCCCGCCACAAGAAAUCCCCAUUGCGCCUCAAAUUCAGCCAACAGCUCCAACUCCCCCUGAAACUUUGCAACCUACACCACAACCUCAAACACCACCAGUUGUAGCAAAAGAACAACCAUCGGCUCCAGUUGCACCACAAGGGCAACCUCCAGCUCCAAUUACAGAACAACCUAAAGCUCCAACUGCACCACAGACACCGCCAGUUGCUACCACAGAACAACCCCCAGCUGCGGCCGCUCCACAAACACCGCCAGUUGCAGCAAAAGAUCAACCUCCAGUUGCAAUUGUACCACAGACACCUCCACUUGCAGCCGCUCCACGGACACCCCCAGUUGCAGCUCCUCCAGCUGCAAUUGUACCACAGACAGCGCCAGUUGCAGCACAAGAACAACCUCCAGCUCCAGUUGUACCACAGAUACCACAAGCCGCAGCAAACGAACAACCUCCAACUCCAGUUGUACCACAGACACCCCCAGUUGCAGCACAAGAACAACCUCCAACUCCAGUUGUACCACAGACGCCCCCAGUUGUAGCAUCAGAAAAACCUCCAACUCCAGUAGCAGAACAACCUCCUGCAUCUCAAGCUCCGCCUGCUGAACCUGACAAAGGAAAGGUUGAAUCGAUACAAUCAAAGCCUGAAACAACACAAGCCACUCCACAGACACCACCAAUUGCAGCACAAGAACAACCUACAGCUCCAGUUGCGGCCACUCCACAAACACCCCCAGUUGCAGCAAAAGAACAACCUCCAACUCCAGUUGUACCACAGACACCCCCAGUUGCAGCCGCUCCACAGACACCGCCAGUUGCAGCACAAGAACAACCUCCAACUCCAGUUGUACCACAGACACCCCCAGUUGCAGCAACAGAAAAACCUCCAACUCCAGUAGCAGAACAACCGCCUCCAGCUGCAGCUGCAUCUCAAACUCCGCCUGCUGAACCUGGCAAAGGAAAGGUUGAAUCGAAACAAUCAAAACCUGAAACAACGCAAGGUGGGGCGUCUGUAGCAUCACCUACUCCUCCACCUCGUAAAGGAAGUGGUGGUGGAAAGAAGUCGAAAUCAAAAAAAUAAUUAUUGUAUUUCUUAUAGUGUGUUCAAAACAGCCUUUUUUGUUUCAUUUAACGUGCUAACGCAGUUAUAUUGCGUAACAAAAAAGCCUAAUAUGGGUUAGAGUCGUUGUUUUUUUUUGUAUUUAUUUAUAAUACUUGCGUAAGUAGUUAGUUGCUGAUUUAUACUUGGUUGUGUUUCUAUGAAAAUAAAACAAUUUUUCAAGCGA